AUGCUUCAUCAAAAAAAUCCAAAUGAUGCUUCAUCAAAGGACUCCAGUGAUGCUUCAGCAAAGAACUCCGUGAUGCUCCAUCAGAGGACUCCACUGAAGUUUCUGGAAAAAAUUCCACUGAAAUUUCGUCAAGGGACUCAAGCAAAUUUUACUGAAGGACUCCAUAAAGUUCCAGUAAAGAACUCCAACAUAAUAUCAGCAGAGAAUUUUUUUAGAAAAUCAACUGAAAAUCCAGUGAAAGAUUCUAAACACCCAUCAGAGGAAGCCCGUGAAGUUCCAGUGACUACCCCAGGUGAAGUUGCAGGAACCGACUCAAGUGAAAGUGUUUUACCAGAGGAGUCUGUAUAUCCUAAAGAUACUAAUGACACUAAGAGUGAUAUUCCAGCGUAGACUCCAGUGAAGUUGUAUCACGGGACAACCACUGUUUUUCCAUCAUCAGGCUUCAGUUUUGUUCCAUUAGAUAAUACCAAUAAGAUUUCAUCAGUAGAUUCCAGUGAAGGUCCACGGGGUGACAAUGAUAGGAGGAAAAAUGACAAGAACAUCAAGAAUUCCAAAGAAAUUCCAGCAGUAAAUUCUGGUGAAGUUCCAAAGCACCCUAGGCAGACCACCUAGGAGGAUGGUAAUGAGGCCUCAGUGGAGAACUUGGAGGUAGUUGCUGAAGUUUCCAAUGUUUCUGAAGUUACUGGGGAAGGCCGUCUGAAUGAUUGCAGGGAAGCUACACUGGAUUCUAGCACAGCUUCACAACAGGAUGUAGUAGUGAAAGAUAGCGAUCAAGUGUCAGUAGACAGCCCACGGAAACCCCCAGAGACAGACAUAAGUAGUGUUUCUUUGCCAGGUGUCUCUGCACCAGUUUUGAAUGAAGGAGAUGAAAUUGCCAAUGGGACUUCCUUGCCAGUAUCAGCCAUGGAGUCAGAAAAAGAUACCUCAAAAAGGGUUAGUAAAGCUUCAGACAAAGAAAUUUCUUCUAAUAAAAGUCAAACUCAUGACAGUUCCUCUCUAACAUCUCCAGAGGAAUCAAAUAAGUUAUCUAAAGAUCCCAGUAAAAUGUUUCCAUGCAAGGAUACAGGACCAGUAUCAUCAGAGAAUUCUGGUGAUAUGUCCUUGGUGGAUUGUAGCAAAACAUCUUUGGAAAAAUCCAGAAAGAAUUCACCCACUGUUUCCCUCUAAGGAGUUGCCCCAGGUUGUGAGGAGGACUCCAGUGAACCUGAGACUCCUAGUAAAACCACAAGUGAAAAAGUUACCAAAGAUUCCAGUGAAAAUUCUACUGAUGACUUGAAAGAAAUGCUGCCAUAGAGUGUAAAUUUUUCUUCAAGGAACAGUUCUCAAGAACCAACCAGAGACUGUUCUCAAGCACCACCCAAGGUGGCAGCUAAAGAAUCCUGUCAGAUAAUACCCAAAGACAGCUCCUUACCAUCACCCUAAGCCAUCUUGUGAAAAAAAACUACUGACAACACUGAAGUACCAAGCAAGGUGUCUUCGGGAGUGUCAGUAAAAGACUCCACUCAAAAAGUAAAGGAUUCUGAAGUAUCAACAAAGGAUGCCACUCAACUACCAACAAAAGAUUCUCCUGAAAUAUCAGCAGAGGAAUCAUCUGAAAUAUCAGCAGAUUCUACUGAAGCACACUACGGAGCACCAGAAUCAGCAGAGAACUUGGCUGAAGUAACAACUACAGUCUCUCAUAUAUCCACAAAGGAAAGUGAAGUGGCAGUGAAGAAGCUUCAAGUAUCAUCAAGGGACUCUCUUGAAGAACCAACUGGGGAAACUCAAAUAAAAAAACGGGACUCCAAUCUAAUAACAUCUGUGGAUUCUCCUCGGGAAUCAGAAAAAGUGUCUCCUCAAAUACCAAUGGACUCCACUCAAGUACCAACCAAGGAGUCUACAUCUACAGUAUCAGCAACUGACUCCACUCAAGUACCAACCAAGGAGUCUACAGACUCUUCUCAGUUAUCAAAUGAGGAAACAUUACACACUUCACCCAAGAAACCUCAAAGUGAAGGAGAAACCCUAGCUUAUUGUACAUCAGAAGAUUUGGAUAGUCACUUGGUUGAAGAUGGUACUCAGAAAGAAAGUGAAUGUGAAGAUAUUUGUAACUCAACUAAAGAUACUAAAAUACCACCGCUGAGAGUAAUUCACCAGAUAUUAUUAAAAUUAGAUGAAUUAAAAUCAGUUAGUGAGGAUAGAGAAGAAAAUGAAGAUCCAAAAUCUUUAUCAUUAAGAGUGAAAAUUUCAAGAUCAUUUGUUAAAAUUCCUGAUCCUGAUGAGCAGAAUGUGGAAGAAGAUUUGACAGAUAGUAAUAUUAGUAGCAGAUCCAAAAGUAAUGUGUCCAUUUGGCCCAGUGCUAGUAUAUCACCCUCUGAUAACAGUUCAGCAGAAUGUAAACAGAAAUUAGUAGAGGAUAAUCAAAUUGACAACAAAAUCAAACCCACAAAACAAUAGGUGAAAACCACAAAGAAAGAUUCAGAACUGUCAUGUCAAGGAAUUAAUAAAACUUCACCAGAAAAGGGGAAGAGUAAAGAUGUGCAGGAAAGAAGAAGCUAAGAAGUGACAGCAGAUGUUGCUAAAAUUUCCACCAAGAGUACCUCUGCUACAAGAAAUGUCAUCCCAGAAGGAGACCUAAAACAUUUAAAGUCUACUUCCAGCAGAGAAUCAUCAGGGACCAAGAAAUCAAAAUCACAGGAGUCUAGCAGGAAGAAAAAGGAAGCCUCUCAUAGAAGUACUGCUACGAGCAGUCAUGGAAGUAAAAGUAGAAGUAGGAGAAGUAAGAAUGAGCCCAGAGGAAAAGACUCAAGAAAAGAAAAAGUUAGGGCAGAUGUUCCAGCUAAAGAUAGCUUAUCUGAGAAGCACAAAGAUGAUUGUAACACAAUAACUAAGACCUCUUCAAGAAGUGAUUCACAAACACCCGGAGAAACACAAUCUGAAACAUCUUUAGACACGAGUAAGGCAUGCAGUGAUGGUGCUCAACAGGUCAAGGAACAAGAACCUAAACUGCCAAAGAAACACAAGAGUGAUAUUAAAAACAAUGAAAGAAAAUCAGAGGCAAGUCAAAAAAGAGAUAGCAGUAAUGGAAAAGAUGGGAUGGAAAAGGAUGCAAAAAUUAAUAGCAAGAGUUUAACCAACAAAGCUUUGCUAAGUUCUUCAUCAGUGAGAGAAAAGUCAUGCUCUGAUCAGAAUAAGGAAGGUGCUGUAGAAGAUAUACUGACAUUGUUAAAGAAAGAACCUGAAGACUCCAUUCACACUUCAGAAGAUUCAGCAACUGGUCCAUCAAAUCAACAACUUAACUUACUAGCUAGUGGAAACACUGACAAAGAUACCAGCAAUAAUACAAUAACUGCCCAGCAACAAGAUGAGGGUACAUGCUUGGGAACAGAUUCACCAAAGGCAGGGGAAACAAGUCCUAAGGCAAAGUUAGGUGAUAUGCUGAGAGAGAAGGAUGAUAGGAAGACUGUCAGCAAUCCUGAUAUACAUAAAACAAGUGAUUUGAAACAAAAAGAUAAAUCUCCUGAUAAAGAAAAGGUUCUGCCAAAGCCUGACACAGGGAGAAAGCAGCCUGAAAAAUUGACUUCACAGAGGGAAAAAUACAAAUCAGUCUCUUUUGAUGAUCAAGUAGGGAAAGUUUCACCAGAGCAAGGAAAAUUAACUGGUGCAGAUAAAGAGAAUGUGAAAUCAAAGAAAAAGGAUGACAAGCUUCAGAAAGAAAAAGAAGAAAAUUCCACUCCAUCAGCUGAAAAGAAGAACACUCCGUCUCCACCAGCUGAAAGAAAAAACACUAGCCAGUCAUCAGGCAGUACACCUAAAAAACGGUUAAUUAGAGAUGAGCGUAAAACUUCAUUUGAUCUAGAAUUAGCAAAGAUAUUUGGAGAAACGAGAAGUGAAGUUGUAAGUAAAAAGAAGAAAAAAGUAAUUCACAAGGUGAAAAAAGAUUCUUUGGUGAAAGUCAAGAAAAUCCACAAAAUUACUAAUCAAGAAUGCAGAGAGAAAGAUAAAACAAGCUCAAAGGCUCCUUUACCAAAAGAAAACAAGCAGGCAUCAUCAAGCUCAAAUAAAGAGAGAACUAGUGAAACAGUUGCUUCAGAAAACAGUAAGAAUGUGGUUCUAGUUGAUGGCAAAGAACACAGUGUUAAAACAUUGGAAGCCAAAGUAAAGCAGCAUGGCAAAGAACAGGAUAGUGCCAAAACAACUGAAAACAAAAUUCAGCAGCACAGCAACAAAACAUCUGAUGGCAAGGUUCAGAAGCAUAGUGUCAAAGAAGCUGAAAGCAAAAUUCAACAGCAAAGUGCCACAUCCCUUGAAAACAAAGAACAGCAGUGUAGUGCUAAUACAUCUGAAGACAAACUCCAACAGCAAAGUGUCAAAACAUCUGAUGGCAAAGAACAGAAGCAUAGUGCUAAGAUAUCUGAAGGCAAAGUUCAGCAGCAUGGUGUCAAAGUAUCUGAAAGCAAAUUUCAACAGCAUAGACUAAAGACACCUGAAGACAAAAUUCAACAUAUUUCCAAAACAUCAGAAAUUAAGGAAAGGACAAGUGCCAAAACAUCAGAUGUUAAAGAAAGACAAAGUACCAAAACAUCUGAAGUUAAAGAAAAACAAAGUACCAAAACAUCCGAAGUUAAAGAAAAACAAAGUACAAAAACAUUCGAAGUUAGAGAAAGGCCAAAUACCAAAACAUCUGAGAAUAAAGAUAAACAAAGUACCAAAACAUCAGAGGUUAAAGAAAAGGAAAGUUUCAAAGCAUCCGAAGGUAAAGAAAAGAAAAGUGCCAAAACAAAUGAAGGCAAAGUUCAACACCAUAACCUUAAAACAGUUGAUAAUAAGGAACAAGCUGAAGCUGCCACAGCAAACUCAAGCAGGGAUAGUGGUGAAAAGGAUUCAAGUCCUGAGAAAAAUGAUCAGACUGUGUUACAAGGCCAUAAAAAUAAUGAAGCACAAAUCACAAAUAUUUCCCCAAAAGAUACAGAAAUGAUGUCCAGUAAAGAAAAAGCAAAAUCAGCUGAUGAAAACCUAGGGGAAAUGAACAUAGAAUGUUUAGAGGGGAAAAUUUUACUCAUCACAAGGAAUGCCAGUAAAGUAGACCUUGGCAAGAAACAUGUGAGCCGCUGGGAUGUUGUUAACAAGGUGGAGAAAGGGGAAAAAGUUCAGCCAGUGCCAGAUCAAAGUUCUGUAACCACUCCCAAAAAGAGGAGCCGAUGGGAUCAGAUGGAAAAGGAAAGCAGUAAAUGUGUAUCAGAACUAGAUAGGAAAGAAAGUGUGAGUGGGGAGGAUGAGAAGAACAAGGCAAAAGAUAAAAUUUUAAAAGUGAAAGGAGAUCAUCAGGAAUCAGCAGAUACACAAGAUGAGUGUGUGCCCAUUUCUAAGAAAGUCAAGGGGGCUGAACUAUUUGCUGACAAGAAUAAGAAGCUUCAGAAGACCCUAAAUGAUUUGUUUUGUGAAGAAACUCCAGCUGGGAAUGAUGGGGACCAGACAUCAGUAGCCUCUGAUCAACAAAGAAAAUCAAAACCCAAAUUAAGAAAAACUUUAACAGAUCUUUUUGGCAAUCUAUCUUCAUCCUUCUGUGAUGAUGAGGAAGAAGAUGAGGAAUAUGAGCCUAGUGCUGACUUCCAGAAUAAACGUGGAACACUGAAUAGUACAGACAGUCUGCCAGAAGUAGAAGGAGGAGGAGAGUAUGAACCAAAAUCAUUAAACAAAAUUAGUACAGUUGAAGAAUAUGAUCCGAAAUCUACACAAAAAAGUUCAUUGAAACCAGCUUACGAGCCCAAGUCAACAUCAAAACCAGUUUCAGAGACUGAGUAUGAACCACAGCCAAUAUCAGCAGUUGUCAACAAACCAGAAUACACUCCAAAACCAAUUAACACGGAUAGUGCAAAGACUGAGUAUGAGCCAAAGCCUAUCUCAAAAGCUCUCCCAAAGCCUGAGUACAAACCCAUGUCUGUGUCAAAAAGUUCAUCUUCCAAGAAAAGUUCUGAGAAUGCCUCAAAGACCGCUGCUGAGAAACGAACUGACAACGGAGGAUUGGUGGCACCAAAGCACGAUUCAAAGUCAAAGCCAGGAUGUGAUUCGCAACCUACUAGAACAUCAAAAGGUGAUGAUAGCUCCAAGACCUCAAAGGGGGAAUCUAAAAUGUCUGACUCAAAAUCUUCUUUGAAGAAGAACUCAGAUACUGAGGACCUGAAGACUCCUAAAGGGAAUUCAGAUUUAGAACAGGUUCUGAAAGCAUUGAAAACUAUGUCGAAGGCAGACCAAGAUUCAAAAUCUAAGACAACAUCAAAAUCGGAACAAGAUUCAAAAUCCAAACCUACAUCAAAAUUGGAACAUGAUUUAAAAUUGAAAUCAAAAUCAAAAUCAGACUUAACUUCAAAAGAACGAGAAAUAACUUCCAAAUCAGCAAAAGACUCAAGAUCGAAGUCGGAGAAAGAUUCGAGACCAUCCAAAGGGAGUUCCAGGUCAGAUCAUGAAUCAGGACACAGCUCCUCAAAGAGAAAAUCAGAUACAAGGCAUGAACCAUCGAAGAAAGCCACAAGAGAGGGCGAAUCCUUGCAGACUUCAAAAAAGCCAUCAAAAGACGAGCGUGAUUCCAAAUAUGUGAAGGAGCCCUCAGUGUCCCACUCCAACCUAAAAUCCAAAAAUUUGUCAAAUUCUGAUUGUAAUUUAAAGUCCACAAAAAGUAAUAUAAAGUCUGAAGUUGAUGGAAAGAUGUCAAAGGCUUCUGAUCCAAAGUCCUCAAAAGACAUGUCAAAAACAGCUCAUUCAAAGCAUUCAAAAGCCACAUCAAAAUCAGGUUCCAGCUCAAAAUCUUCAAAAGAUUCCAGGAGACCAGACAAUGAACCAAAAUCUAAAGGGGUAUGCAAGGGAGAAAAUGCCUCUUCAAACACCAAAGAGCAAAUGAAAUCAGAGAAUGCAAAAUCAGCAAAAAUGGUGUCAAAAGAUCCAUCCAAGCCAACAAAACAACAGAUGGAUUUAAGUGAAACUGCCUUCAGAGAGUUACCAACAUCAGACAAAGAUUCCAAAUCAUCUAAAAGAACCAGCUCAGAUCAUUUGAAAAAGUCCAAUAAAGAUGCUAAAACAUCCAAGGAAAUUAACCAGACCUCUGCAGCAAAAGAGAGUUCAAGUUCUCAGACAUCAUCUAAAAAAUUGUCAAUUUCUUCAUCAAAGGAAACCAUGAGUACAGAAGGAGAUAAACCAUCAGGAGUUGCAGCAGCCAAACCAGAGGAAGAAACAAAAUCCAAAGACUCAGUAAAAUCAGAGAAACACAAAACCAAAGUUAGUGCAACUGUUCCUUUAUCAGAGUCUGACUCUUCAUCAAAAAAAGAUCCUUCUAAAUUAAACCAGAAUGUUGUGCUGUCAGAGAACACAAAAUCAAAAGGAGAACAAGAUAUGAAGAACAGCAACCGAACAUCUGCAAGUUCUCAAAGUAAAGGUAAGAAAGGAGAUGAUGAUCAGUAUGUACCAAAAGCACUCUCGAGUGAAAAAAGACGAGCCAAGUACAUUCCUCAGGCAUUAACUUUACCAACCAAUAACAUAAUUGAAGAGGAUGAAUACAGUCCUCUCCCGGUUGGGCUUGAUAAACCAACACCAGAGUAUAUUCCAAGUGAUAUCUCUGAGAAGUCUAAACAUUUAUUGCAAGAAGAGGAAUAUGUCCCGCAGCCAGCCAAAGUUAUACCUUAUGGAGCUGGUGCUUCAACAUCUGAGGACACUAACAAAAAAUCACUGGAUCCACAGUCUGACCAGCAACUAGUAGUCACUCAGAGCAUUGACAAAGUUAUCCCAGGGUUUUAUCGUGAGCAGGAGGGUGGUGACAGUAGCCAGGGAAAUAAAGAUGCAAACUCAGGGAAGAAAAGGAAAGACCAGGACCAGUCUGGCAGUGGAUCCUCAAAGAAGAAUGGGGCUAGAAAGCUAAAGACAAAAGUGCCGGGGCCUGGAGCAGCUUCAGGAGGUUCAAAAGUUCUAGUGUAUGUUCCACCACCACCAACCUAUGAACAUAUUGUAAACACCCUAGGAAAUUAUGAUAUUCCUGAAGUAGUCCAUCCAACUGCUUUUUGUAGCAAUCCAAAUGAUGUACCCCCAAAAAGUUUGGAAAUUGGAGGCAAAGUUCUUAAACUGCAGACAACAGUGACGUCUGAUUUAGAUGACUUUGAGGGCCGUUUUCAAGAGGACGGGCUGUAUAAUUGGCGAUUGCUUUUGAAUACCUUAAAUUCAGAAGUGUCAGAGCAAGUUGUUCACGAUCCAUAUAUGAUGAAGACUCAAGGGAGUGCCAAGUCUGCAAUACUAACGCCACUGAGAACUCCACCAUCACCAGCAGAUGUAACAAAGUGGCUGAAAGCAAGGAAGAUCAUUAAGACAAUCAGUGAGGGGAAAGGUGAUGAAGGUGAUGAUGAUGAAAAUGAUGGUGGUGAUGAUCCAUCGUCAUCUUCAAAAGAUAAGCAGAGGAAAUCAGAGGAUAAUGUAGCUAGUUCUUCAUCAGAUAAAGGGACCUCUACAAAAGAAACAACACAAAGCGAGUCAUCAGGUGAGAAGACAAAAGGUCUGUCCAAAAAGUGUGUAGAAAAUGUUAUAUUUACCACCAGCACACCCCAGUCACAGAAGUUCUCAGGCCUUAAGUUGCUGCAGCUCACACCUAUAGGAGAGACCAAAACAUCAGAAGAGAGUGCUGCAAUGGGAAAAAAUCCAUCAGCAAUAUCAGGCCAGAGGAACACGAAACGUAGAGUUUCAUGGGAAAAUGAUGUGCCACUCACAACAGUUGCAGGUGAACCCAAGAGGAGACGAGUUUCUUUUGAAGGAAUGUCAGACACAGACCUAGGUGUUCAGAGGCUAGACCAGGAAGGAAGUCAAAAGAAGGAUAAGUUUGGUAGUCUUGAAUUGGUUCCAGAGGAAAUACAGGAGUCUACAGAUGCAAAUAUGCCACCAAAGCAACAUCAGCUAAAAGGAUCAACCCUUCCUACUACCAGUGGAACGUCAGGUCCUGGAAUGAAGAAAGGGGACAAUCUUCAAGGUGGAGCAGAACAGUCAGAGAAGAACAAACCUCCCCAGAUGUCUGAGGUGAGGGCAGACCUCUCGCUUUCUGACAUUGAGGACUUCAUUGAUAGUUCUCAGCCUCCUGUGUCACUUACUCCAUCUGUCCCAUCAAAGAUUGCAAGACAAGGUAGUCAGCUUAGCAGUGAUUCCAGUCUUCGUAGACAACUAAUGGACACACAAUUUCGCCAGCAGUUUCUUAGCUUUUCUGAAGGACUAACAUC